UUGAGCUGUCGCGGUAUCAGGUAUAGUCGCUUCGUUAUGUCCGUCACAGUGAAAAUUCUGGUGCUGGUGCUGGCCAUUGGCGGCGCUUUGGUCUAUAGGAAUGUUAGCCAACUGUGGGGAGAUUUGCCGGCCCCGAAACUGGACACGCAGCAAUGGUGGGGCGAUGCGGCACAGCCCAAGGACUAUGCUGCCUAUCUGGCCAACAAUUCGGAAGUGAUCGGUAAUCGCCUUAGCUAUCCGGAGAAGACCAUUACCGAUUUGUUUGGCCGCCUGAAUCGCACUCUCCGCCUGACGCCCCCAUUGGAGGGCGUUGCCUUCGAGUACGGAUUCAACACAAACUAUCUAAAGGAAGUGGUGGAGUACUGGAGAGACGAUUACCUGCCGCGUUGGCGCGAACGUGAAGUCUUCCUUUGGCAAUUCAAUCACUUCACCACCGAUAUUCAGGGGCUACGCAUGCACUUCCUCCACCUGAUGGUCUACGACGACAACAAGGUGGGCAAGCACCACUAUCCGGUGCUCCUGCUGCACGGCUGGCCGGGAUCGGUGCGCGAGUUCUACGAUCUGAUCCAUCUGCUCCAUCAGACCAAUCUCGAUAAGAACAACAAGUAUAUUUUUGACGUGAUUGUACCCAGUUUGCCAGGCUAUGGCUGGUCCGAGGGUACUUCCCGUACGGGGCUUGGACCUGCCCAAGUGGCCGUGAUUAUGAGCAAUCUUAUGGCACGCCUGGGCUACAACAAGUACUUCAUUCAGGGCGGCGAUUGGGGCAGCAUCAUUGGCAACCACAUGGCCACCCUCUUCCCGGAUAACGUGCUUGGCUACCACUCGAAUAUGUGCACCAACAUGAAUCCCAAGUCCCAAGUGAUCGGCGCAUUGGCCGGCUUCUGGCCCAGUCUCUUUGUGCCCAGUGGCUUCGAGGACUUCUUCUUCCCCAAGUCGCGCGCCCUAGCCUUUCUCAUUGAGGAAAGCGGCUACUUCCACAUUCAAGCCACCAAGCCGGACACUGUUGGCGCAGCCCUCACCGACAACCCUGUCGGCCUGGCCGCCUACAUUCUGGAGAAGUUCUCCACGUGGACCAAUCCCAGCUACCGCGGUUUGCCCGAUGGCGGCAUCACAAAGCGCUACACCAUGGACACCCUGUUGGACAAUGUAAUGAUAUAUUAUCUGACCAACUCGAUCACCACCUCUCAGCGCCUGUACGCCGAGGCAUACUCCAAAGAGCAGCGUGAGCUGCAGCUGGACCGCGUUCCCACUCCGGUGCCAACUGGCUGUGCACGCUUCAAGAGCGACAUCAUGCACAACCUGGAUAUUCAGAUGAAGGAUAAGUUCCCGAACUUGAUACACAGCACAUACCACAAGCAGGGUGGACACUUUGCCGCCCUCGAGGUGCCAAAGGUGCUGCACAAGGACUUCCUAGAGUUCGUCCAGAAGGUGGAGCAGAAGUUUAGGGUGAAGCCACUGUAGUCUAAUUUUUUUAAAGUUUAAAUAAAAGGGCGCUCUUCUGA